AUGGAAAAGUCGCGUUUCAGUGAGUUCAUUAAAGACAUUGAGUAUGACUAUUUAAAUAUUUCACCAGAAAAAGCCUGGGAUGAUCUAGAAAAUACAUAUACUCGUUAUCUUGAUACAUUAGAACAGACAAUCUCAGACGAAAGUGAAUCUAUAGAAGUUCUUCGACAAAUUUGGACCUCAACAAAGAAACGUACUCGAAAUAAUUUCUUUAAUAAUUAUUUACAAAUGAGCGAAAAACUUGCUGAGCGAAAAGUGCAAACGAUUUCUCAUAGUGCCGCAUGUAAUACUAUAUCUGCUAAUGUGGAGAAGGUAGAAAAAAACGUUAUCUCACGAACAAAAUCCGAUAUGAACGAUGCCGGUGGUAACUCUCAAAACCCCCUUGUUAUUUCGGAGGAUGAAACCGAAGCCUUCACUUCUGCCAGCAGUGACAAAGAUUUGAAAAGGAAGAGAGGGGACAACGAAUCAAAUGAAGAAUUAGCUUCAGUGGAGAAGCCUAAUGUUAUAAGACGACUAGAUAGUACGAAAGAAGAUAAUACAGAAGAAAAUUUGAUAAAUUCAGUGAUCCAUGCCUCCAACACUUUCGGUCAAGUUGAAUUUCCAUUAUAUUAUAGUAAACUUAAAUCUUUAUGGGAUAAUCAAGAUGCUGAAGCCUAUCAUGUAAUCGAUUUAGGGAAUAAAGAGAUAUUGACCCAGAUUCAUGAACUCUUAGAUGAGGAUGAGUUGAAAUUGUUACAUAAUAUGUUAGUCUUGGAUGAUGAGAAUAUGUUCAUAGACGAAAAGGCCCAUAAAUAUUUAGAGCUUAGCGAAAAGACAAAAAAUAUGAAAGGAGAAAGCGAAAAGUUUAAUGAAUCAAUUGCUAAAAUGGAAGAAAUAGUGCAUCAACUGGAUGGCUUACCCGAAAAAUAUCAUUACCUUUCCAACACCUUUCCCAUACCGGCACAACAUUACGAUCAAUCCAAAAUGCCAGAUAUGUUUAUUAUUAAGAGCGUAUCUAGUCACCUCGAUACUAUCAUAAAGAUGAAUGGAGCCAUGAUAAACACCCCUGAACAAAAUGACUUUAAAGCUGAUGGUGUGUUGGAGCUUUUUGAGCGACCAAUGCAAAUUCCGUUAUUUUUGCUCGAGGUAUCGGAAGGCCCCAAAAAUCUGGAUCUGGACAAAAUUAAUGAAGAUAGACAGAAGUUGAUGAAAGAAGGCGUUUUUGCUAUUAAUAAGUUCAUGACAAGAACGGAACUGCCAACGUAUGAAGUGUGUAGUAAAUUGAAAGUUUUCUUAGUUCAAGGAUUUAGCGAUAAUGUUGAAAUCGGACAAAUGAUUUUUAUUGAACCUGGCUUGUAUUUGUUUGCACCAUUUACAAUUCCGGCUCUCACCAUCCCAACUUUCACUGAUAACUUAGAACAUGUACCUCGACUUAUUCGAACACUCUUAUGUUUACGAUAUAAUGUUCUUAAGGAGAUUAAGAUAUUUAAGAAUUUUUCAAAAGAAGGACAACGGUAUAUUGCGAAACCUUUAACUAAGUAUGCAACUGGUGUUACACCAGGAUGGCAUAAAGCUGUGACGUUUGCGGAAUUUUUACCGAAAAUAUCAAAAGAAGGAAAGAAGAGAGGAAGAGGAAGGGGGAGGGGGAGGGGUCAGGAAGCGUAG